GCCAACCCUUGCUGCUCCAACCCCUGUCAGAACCGAGGAGUGUGCAUGACAACAGGCUUCGAUGGCUAUGAAUGUGACUGCACGAGGACGGGAUAUUACGGGGAAAACUGCACGACGCCGGAAUUCUUCACGUGGCUGAGGGUAAUGCUGAAACCUUCACCGAACACUGUCCACUACAUCCUCACUCACUUCAAAGGAGCCUGGAACAUCAUCAACAACAUUCCUUUCUUACGGGAUGCUAUUAUGAGAUACGUAUUAACGUCAAGAUCACACUUGAUCGACAGCCCACCAACUUACAAUAAUGAUUACAGUUACAAAAGCUGGGAAGCAUAUUCCAAUCUUUCCUAUUACACAAGAAGUCUUCCACCAGUAGGACUUGACUGCCCAACACCGAUGGGUGUUAAAGGUAAGAAAGAGCUCCCAGAUUCAAAGCUGAUUGUGGAGAAGUUUUUGCUGCGGAAAAAAUUCAUUCCUGACCCACAAGGCACAAACGUGAUGUUCACAUUCUUUGCCCAACACUUCACUCAUCAGUUCUUUAAGACAGACCACAAGAAAGGACCCGCAUUCACCAAAGGCCUCAGCCAUGGGGUUGACUUGAACCAUAUUUAUGGAGAGACUCUGGAGAGACAACUUAAGCUGAGACUUCUAAAGGAUGGAAAGCUAAAAUACCAGAUGAUUGAUGGAGAAAUGUAUCCACCAACGGUGAAGGACACUCAGGCAGAGAUGAUCUACCCUCCUCACAUACCUGAACACUUGCAGUUUUCUGUCGGGCAGGAGGUGUUCGGGUUGGUCCCAGGCUUGAUGAUGUAUGCUACCAUAUGGCUGAGGGAACACAACCGUGUCUGUGAUGUCCUGAAACGGGAGCAUCCCGAGUGGGAUGAUGAGCAGCUCUUCCAAACUACCCGACUCAUAUUGAUAGGAGAGACCAUCAAGAUUGUGAUUGAGGACUAUGUGCAACACUUGAGUGGCUACCACUUCAAACUCAAGUUUGAUCCCGAGCUGCUGUUCAACCAGCGAUUUCAAUACCAGAACAGAAUUGCAGCUGAAUUCAAUACUCUCUACCACUGGCACCCGCUUCUGCCGGACACUUUCCAGAUCCAUGACCAGGAGUACACGUUCCAGCAGUUCCUCUACAACAACUCCAUAAUGCUGGAGCACGGCCUUUCCCACAUGGUGAAAUCUUUCUCCAAGCAGAGUGCUGGCAGGGUUGCUGGUGGGAAGAACGUUCCUGCUGCAGUACAGAAGGUAGCAAAGGCUUCGAUUGACCAAAGUAGACAAAUGAGAUACCAGUCCUUGAACGAGUACCGGAAACGCUUCAUGUUGAAACCAUUCAAAUCAUUUGAAGAACUUACAGGAGAAAAAGAAAUGGCAGCUGAACUGGAAGAGCUUUAUGGAGACAUUGACGCUAUGGAGCUGUACCCGGGCCUUCUCGUAGAAAAGCCACGACCAGGUGCCAUCUUCGGCGAAACGAUGGUGGAGAUGGGAGCGCCCUUCUCUCUGAAAGGACUGAUGGGAAAUGCUAUCUGCUCUCCCGAGUACUGGAAGCCUAGCACCUUCGGUGGGAAAGUGGGCUUCGAAAUAAUCAAUACCGCCUCCUUGCAGAAGCUCAUCUGCAACAACGUGAAAGGCUGUCCUUUCACUGCGUUCCAUGUCUUAAAUCCUGAACCCACGGAAGCAACGAUUAAUGUUAGUACCUCAAAAACAGCAAUGGAAGAUAUCAACCCCACGCUACUACUGAAAGAGCGAUCUGCUGAGUUGUGAAAAAAAUCCACCUAUUUAUUUAUUUAACUAUAUAAUUUAUUUAAUUUAUGGCUUAGUGUUAAAAAA